AAAUAUCUGAAUAUUUAUUUUUAAUUUUUAACAACUCGAAGAACAGAGCAACGCGACAAAACCAAUCGUCUUCUUCCGAUAGCCACAGAAAAUCGAAAGAAUAAAAAAAAUCAGACAAGAAGAAAGAAGAACGUUUCUUCUAAAAGAGAGCGAUUACAUCAAAUUGACACUAAUUUCUCAUUUCUCAAUCCCGUAUCUCUCAUUUCAUCAUCUUCUUCUUCUUUCUCCUUACUUGAGAAUCUCUGGUUUUUCUUUCGUUCUACAAAGUUUCGAUUUUUUUCCCAUGAAAACAUUUUCUUGAUUCCCGAUUUCAAAUUUCCAUACCUGGGUUUGGUGUUUCGGAUUCACUUUGAAGAAAAAGUUUCUCAAUUUCGCCUCAAAACCCACAUGGGAUUGGCACUAAACACUAGACUGACAAGAAGAACAAGAGUAAUAGUCAUCGAGUGUUUAUUACGAUUAUGUCCUUAACGAAAUCUUCAGAAGAAGAUUCCUUUAACGGUCGAUACACUUUAUGGAUCACAGAAGCUUUAGAAGAGCUUCCUCACAAUUUCACAAUCACCGACCCGUUUAUUUCGGGUCACCCGAUUGUUUUCGCGAGCUUAGGGUUUUUGAAAAUGACUGGGUAUUCACGAGAAGAAGUCAUCGGAAGAAACGGUAAAGUUUUUCAAGGACCUAAGACUAAUCGAAGAUCAAUCAUGGAGAUUCGUGAAGCUAUUCGUGAAGAGAGAUCUGUUAUGGUUAGCUUGUUGAAUUAUCGUAAAUCUGGAUCUCCGUUUUGGAUGUUGUUUCAUAUGAGCCCUGUUUUUGGGAGAGAUGAUGGUAAAGUUAUCAAUUUUGUGGCGGUUCAGGUCCCGAUUUCGGGACAAGAACAUCGGAAGCUCGGAGUUAUGUCGUCGGAUCAUUCUGAAUUGGUGUUUGGUUCUUGUCGAAGAGAGGUUUGUUUUGGUAGUUUCGUGCAUCAGAAUCGAGCUUCACCAGUGGAAUGUGAUGAUGAGCAAGGAUUAGAGGAUUGGGAACACUGUGAAGCGAGUGAGUCUGAGAAGCUAAAAGCUGUGGAAGCAGUUAACAAUGUGUUAUCUAUUUUAACACGUUAUAGCGAGUUGAGUGGUAGAUUAGUCUGCGGAAAGCGGUACUGCUUGCGAGGAGUAGAUUGUCUAAGCUCGUCACUAGUUAUUUCUCUUGGUAGAAUCAAACAAAGUUUCGUAUUAACUAAUCCAUGCUUACCCGACAUGCCUAUCAUUUACGCGAGUGAUGCCUUUUUGACACUGACCGGUUACAAGAGACAGGAAGUGUUGGGACAAAACUGCAGAUUUCUGAGUGGGGUUGAUACCGAUUCCUCAGUACUAUACGAGAUAAAGGAGUGCAUCUUAAAGGGACAAUCAUGCACAGUUCAAAUACUAAAUUACAGUAACAGAAAAGAUAAGAGCUCAUUCUGGAAUCUUCUUCACAUAUCACCAGUUCGUAAUGCUUCCGGCAAGACAGCAUAUUUUGUGGGUGUUCAGGUGGAAGCAAGUUGUAGAAAUACUGAAAGUAAAGAGCUGAGACCAGAGACAAGGCAACUGAGUGUGGUUGGUGCGGUUAGAGUUGCGGUUAGGAGCUCAUUGAUGGUAACAUGCUAAUAUACGCCCGAAAGAAAAUGUCUCUUAGAAAGAAAAGUAGAAAAGAGUAUGAAGUGAAUUGGAUAUACAUCUUUACUAUGUUGUAGGUAUAUAAUCAUUUUACACGAAUAAAGUCUAUAUUGUGAUCAUUAAAACUUGGUUCAGCUGAGUCCAAAGUCUAUGAAUUUUCAGAACAAAAAGAUGGUAAUAGAAAAAGGAAGUUAGUACAUGAGUAUAAUUGUUUAGUACAUGAGGGAACGAAAUAGCAGGAGGCAUGGGGAAUCACCAUUACCGCCAGCGCAACUGCUUCGUAACCUCGACAAACAGGUUCGGAAUAGGAUCUCCUCGAUACGGGAACAAGGAGAUAGAAGAUAUGAUAGAUGUAUGGAAGCUUGGUUUGCUUCAAGAUAAGGAGUAGUCUAAUGAGUUGUAUACAAACCUUUUAACCAAUCGUUGUACUUGAUAUAAAAACGUUUUUUUCGAAUAAA